UUCCGAGAUAAUACAAACUUUCAAACUUUGUAAACGAGCAUUGAAAACCAUCUAAUUAUUAGUUGUCAUUUUAAUUUUCGUAUACGCCUGAAAAUAUUAGCGUUUUAUUGAAAAUAAUCGCUUGUUUAGUUAAUAGUUUUUAUUUUUAAAUCCCAAAAUGGAUGUCUUUUUGAUGAUUAGGCGGAAAAAGAUGACCAUUUUUACCGAUGCAAAAGACACAACGACUGUUUUAGAGUUGAAGAAAAUGAUUGAAGGUAUCUUGAAGGUGGCGCCUCCAAGCCAGAUGCUGUUCAACAAGGACAGUCAACUGAUGGAGGACGAGCGCACGCUGGCGGAAUACGGACUCACCUCGGCGACGGCAAAGGCUCAAUGCCCUGCACCUAUUGGCUUGGCUCUCAGGAAGGAAAAUGGUGAAUUUGAGGCUCUCGACUUGACUCCAUACUCGUCACCACCAGAUCUGCCAGACGUCAUGAAAUCUCAGGAAGCCAAUGGACAGGAACAGAUGGAUCAGCAUUAAACGCGUACCGGCGAUGGAUUAGACUGUUGCGCUUGAGUCGACAUUUGUGUUGUUUUGUAACAUAGCUCGUAAUCUUCGUCCGAACUCGGCGAACCCACAGACUCACAGGCAACACAUGCAUAUGUCUAUUUUUUGUACUUUAGAAACUAUUCGAUUCGAAUUUGAACAUAUUUUUGUUAAUAAUUUAUCAAUUUAUUGAUGUGCUAUUUAAAACACUUCUCUUUCGUCUUUAUUAUUAUUAUUUGUAUUGUAUUUCCGAGUUGAAGUGGGGCCUUGCCGCGGGUAAAUGUUUUGUCAAUUGAAUUUGGAACUUAAUGUAAUUGGUAAAGAGUUGGGUUUAAAUAAGUGUGUAAAUGUGUAAGAUAACAACAUAUACACACUACACCAAUGGGUGUGUAAUUCAUUAAGUUCCAGAAUCGAGUUUUCGUGGUUGUAAAUGUAGUAGCUUCGUAGUUUAACAUCUCAGUGUCUCAGAAGGCCGGUUUUAUCGCAUACUUACUAUUUUAAAUGUAUUUUGUCGAGUUGUUUGUGAUGUUCUAAUGAUGUAACUAAUCUUCUAAAUGUUCACGGUGUGAAAGAAACUCAUAUUAAAAAACGAACUCACUUUGUAUUCAUGUGUUUUAUCAUAAUUGUAUUUUACCGAAAUGAAAGUACUUAUACGUUAUAAACUAUACUAUUUCAUAUUUACUUAUGAUUUUCAAAAGAUACUUUCAAUUCUGUGAAAAUAGUUUUGUACAUUCUCCAUGACUUAUCAUAAUUUCAUUAAUAUUUGAACUAAGAUGCAUCAUAUACCUUCUUCUUAAGCUCAAAUAUCUACCUACUCUGGCGCUGAUCCCAUUAGGCCUGUGCCUAUCAAUAUUUCCACUAAUAAAUUACUAAUAUAACUCACUAAAUAUUAACUUAUUCUUAUUACACCUUGGUCAUAAUCAUAAUCUAUUCAUGUCAUAUCGCUUCAAAUGUUGACUAGACGGAUUGGUGGAUUUUGUAAUGGCUCACGUGACGCCAUUAGGUCUUCUCAAUAGCAAUAGUAGCCUAGCCUUACCACUUUAAAUUUUAAUAUAACUAUAAUGGGAUUUGCUCAUUCUUAGUUGAUAUCGAAUGUGUGUAAUCUGUUAACUAAGUCUGCAUGAAAAUAUCAACAGCCUUUUUGUAUAUUAGAUUAUGUGGUUAUGAAAUUCCGUUUGGAUCACUGAUCUCGUUUCGACUACCUUCUAUGUAGAGUUAGUUAACGGAGUGUACAAGUCCCUUAUGAUGUAAAGAACGCCGGCAUGGUUAUAGAAUGUAAUGGUUUAGCUCCAGGUAACGUUUAGAUACAUUAGUCGCUUUUAUACCUCCGUAAUGAAUGUUAAUAGUGAUGUACCUUCACAUGCGAUUUGAACAAAACGAUAAUUGCAAGUUCCUCGUUGCAAAAUUUGUGAUCGCACGCAGCACCAAGAAGUUUGAUCGUAUUUAUUUGUAAACUAUUUCAGAGCCUAGUUUUAAAGACUUGGUGCUUAGAGUAAAUAUUACCAAAUAAAUGUUUUUUUUAUUGAUUCAAACCAGUAGAAUAGAUUACAUGCACUACUUAUUACAUACUUUGUAAACAUAGGCUAGUAAAUUCAUGUUUACCAAUGCUACACAAAUUAGUCAAAGAUCUUUUACAAUUGUAUAUCAUUUAUACCAAGUAAACAAUAGAGACAGCAUGGCAAAGUAGGUUCUCAGUCGGAUGGGGGUGACCCAGAACCGGAACCCAUUCAGGCAGUUAGGCAAUCAAAUAGUGUAGAACUUCAUGUACAGGUUACAAUGAGAAUUGCAAAUAUGCCAGCAGGAAAUAAAGCUGUUUUGAUUUGU